CUCAAUUCCACGAUCCGCUGCCGGCAGCGCUGAACGUUUUCGCGAUCUCUGUUUUCGAGUGUUGUUGUUUGCGUGCUGUUUUGCUGUUUUGCCGAAAGAACCGUUGGCGUUCGUGCAGUAAAAAUGAGUGAGAACAGAGGUGACGGAGGUGACCAGGAGGACGCUGGCACGAAAUGGAAAAUGGAAAUUCAACUGGAGCUCAACCUGAAACAAAAGCUUGCCACACGUCUGGGCACCCUGCUUGUGGCAUCUUUGGUUUAUUUCUGCUUCUGCUGCGAUAGUGCCGUGGCCAGCCUCGUUUUUGCAGUGCUUUUGGCCCUGCUGCUGCGGAGUCCCACAUUUGUGUUUGCUCUGGUAAUGACAGCCCAGCGGGACAUCAUGGCUCUGCAGCGCUUCCUGGCCCUCAAUUUGUACCUGCUGAAGCGGGAUCGAGGUGGAUACACCGUGGCGCGCUGCUUCCAGCAACUCGCCCAUUCGCAGCCCCAAAAGCCCUGCUUUGUCAUGGACAAUCAAGCGAUCACUUAUGCCGAGGCGCUGCUGCUCAGCCAGAAGGUGGCAGGAUUCUUCAGCGAGCAGGGACUGCAGCGGGGCGACUGUGUGGCGCUGCUGAUGGAGACGCGCCUGGAGUAUCCCUGCAUUUGGAUGGGCCUCUCGCAGCUGGGCGUGAUCACGGCGCUGAUCAACUCCAAUCUGCGCGGCGAGUCGCUGCUGCACUCCAUCAAAGUGGCCAAUGCCAAGGCGUUCAUAUUCGGCAGCGAACUGAUGGAUGUCCUGCAGUCGCUGAUCGCAAAUGAGCAGCUGCCAUGCAUUCCCGUCUAUCAGUACACGGACAAGGAGCUGAGUUCCGUGCCUGGCCAUGAGUUGCUGCCAGGGGCCGUCGAUUUAAGUGAUGCACUGACGACGCAACAGGCCUUGGCCCUGCCACCCUCCUGCGCGGCAGAGGAGGCGCGUUCCAAGCUGCUUUAUGUGUACACAUCCGGCACCACGGGACUGCCCAAGGCGGCUGUCAUUACCAAUCUCCGCUUCCUGUUCAUGGCCGCCGGCACGUUCUACAUGUUGCGCCUGCAACGCGACGAUGUGGUGUACAAUCCCCUGCCCCUCUACCACACGGCAGGCGGAAUUGUGGGCGUGGGCAUGGCUCUGCUCAAUGGCUCCACGGUGGUGCUGCGCAAGAAGUUUUCGGCCAAGAACUUCUGGCUGGACUGCAGCCGGCACAACUGCACCGUGGCCCAGUACAUUGGGGAGCUGUGCCGCUACCUGCUGGCCACGCCCUACACCCCCGAGCAGCAGCAUCACCGCCUUCGCCUCAUGUACGGCAACGGGCUGAGGCCGCAGAUCUGGUCGCAGUUCGUGCGCCGCUUCGCCGUGCCGAACAUCGGCGAGAUUUACGGCGCCACCGAGGGAAACUCCAACCUGAUUAACAUCACAAAUCGCGUCGGAGCCAUUGGCUUUGUGCCCAUCUAUGGGCAGAAGAUCUAUCCCGUGCAGGUGCUGCGCUGCGACGAGGAGACGGGGGAGCUGCUGAAGGACCCACGCGGACACUGCAUCCGCUGCCGGCCCGGAGAGGCUGGUCUGCUGGUGGGCAAAGUGGAUCCACGGCGCGCGGUCAGCGCUUUUCAUGGCUAUGCGGACAAGGGCGACUCCGAGAAGAAGCUGCUGCGGAAUGUCUUUGCCAGCGGCGAUGUUUUCUUCAACUCUGGCGACGUGGUGGUGUGCGAUAUCCUGGGCUAUUUCUACUUCAAGGAUCGCACGGGCGACACCUUCCGCUGGCGGGGCGAGAAUGUGGCCACCCAGGAGGUGGAGGCCAUCAUCACGAACUGCGUGGGCCUCGAGGACUGUGUGGUGUACGGUGUGCAGAUUCCCCAUGUGGAGGGCAAGGCUGGCAUGGCAGCGAUUGUGGAUCCCGAACGUAAAGUGGACAUGGACUAUCUCUCCAUUGUGCUGCGGGGCAGCCUGCCGCCCUACGCCCGUCCCCUGUUCAUUCGCCUGCUGGACGAGAUUCCGCGCACGGCCACCUUCAAGCUGAAGAAGCGCGAACUGGCCAACGAGGGCUACGAUCUGACGAGUCUGGCGGAUCCCAUAUACUACCUGAAUCGCGAUGGCGUCUACAGGCAGUUGGGCAGGGAUCAAUAUAGGUCCCUGCAGGCGGGCACAGCGGGACUCUAAGCUGAUCCGCUUUUGAUUUAGUUAAGAAAUUGAAUGUUUUUUCGUAUGUCCAAUUGUACUUUUUAACACUAAAACCAACGACUGAUACCAAAA